AUGAGCAGAGAGACAUCUAGUAGAAUUCGUGGCGUCGGCACGACGUCCACCGCAGCGGGACGGGGAGGAGGCCGAGGUCGAAUGGCCGCAGUCGGCUCAGCCGGAUCAUUCUCGAAUAUUGGAGGUGACUCGAUGUCCGAGCUAACCAGCGGAAUGACUGGAUUGAGUGUGCCGGUGGUGAGUGAGCUUUUAGCGAGACCGGGUACGGGUAAAGUGGGCCGGCAUAUUGCUUUGAUAGCGAACUAUUACGAGUUGACGUUGAACAGCAAAAUAACGCUGUUCAGAUAUGAAAUAGUAAUAUCGAGACCUGGUAGGAGAACGAGACUGGAC